GGCCUGCAGAACGCGCAGUUCGGGAUCCGCCGCGACGGGACCCUGGUCACCGGGUACCUGUCUGAAGAGGAGGUGCUGGACACUGAGAAUCCAUUUGUGCAGCUGCUGAGUGGGGUCGUGUGGCUGAUUCGAAAUGGAAGCAUCUACAUCAAUGAGAGCCAGGCGACUGAGUGCGAUGAGACACAGGAGACAGGUUCCUUCAGCAAAUUUGUGAAUGUGGUAUCGGCCAGGACGGCUGUGGGCCAUGACCGGAAGGGGCAGCUGGUGCUCUUCCAUGUGGACGGGCAGACGGAGCAGCGGGGCAUUAACCUGUGGGAGAUGGCGGAGUGCCUGCUGAAACAGGAUGUGGUCAACGCCAUCAACCUGGAUGGAGGGGGCUCUGCUACCUUCGUGCUCAAUGGGACCUUGGCCAGUUACCCGUCAGAUCACUGCCAGGAUAACAACAUGUGGCGCUGUCCCCGAAGUGUGUCCACUGUGGUGUGCGUGCACAAGCCCCGCUGCCAGCCGCCUGACUGCAGUGGCCACGGAACCUGUGUGGAGGGUCACUGCCAGUGCACGGGGCACUUCUGGCGGGGCGCCGCCUGCGACGAGCUGGACUGUGGCCCCUCCAACUGCAGCCAGCAUGGGCUCUGCACAGAAACUGGCUGCCGCUGCGAAGCUGGAUGGACAGGGUCCAACUGCAGUGAAGCUUGCAGCAAUGGCUCCUUCGGGGAGGAUUGUGCCAAGAAGUGUCAGUGCCAGAAUGGAGCUGCCUGUGACCCAGUUCGGGGGACCUGCACCUGUCCCCCUGGCUUCACUGGAGACAGCUGUGUUCAGGAGUGUCCCCUCGGCUGGCACGGGCCAGGCUGCCAGAGGCCUUGUGAGUGUGAGCACCAGUGUCCCUGUGAUCCCCAGACUGGCAACUGCAACCUCACCCAGGCUCCCAACCUGAGCAGCAUUCUCUCCCAAGUGAAGCAGUGUCUCCAGCCAUCCCAGGUCAGCCUGCAGACAAGAGAAUUCUCCCUCCUCACUGGGACCGCCUGUCUGGCCCUCACCCUGGCCCUGGUUUUCCUUCUGCUGAUCAGCAUAGUGGCGAACGUGUCCUUGCUCCUCGGUUCGAGGGCAGAGCGGAGCCGGCACCUGGAUGGGUCCUAUGUCUACCACCCGCUGCAGGAGAUGAACGGGGAGCUCUCGGCUGCCGAGAAGGAACAGACGGGUGAGACCUGCAACCCUUUCAAGGACUGAACGACCCAGCUGCCCACCAUGGCCUGUUUGGAGGCUCAUUUUGACGCUGUCUGGCUUCUGCAAGGGAUAGUCCAAGGCCACGGACGCUGGGUGGCCUCAGCCCCAGCGCCAAGCCAAGCUUCUGAUAGCAGGUAUGCCUCAGCCUCUCACCUGGCCCUCGGCCCUCUCGCCUGGAUGUCUGCCGUGGCAGGAGCAACCUGAGUGUUCCCGAGACACUGCUCCUUCCCCGCCUGCCUGUGUCUGCUGCCAUGAGGCCCGUCCCCCAGGGCCUCCGCCAAAGAGCCUCCAGCCUCCUGGGACCGGCCACCAGCGAAUGGAACUCCCCGUGACCAAGUGGGGGGUGCCAGCCGGCCCCCUUGCACUGUGGUGGAUUAAAGAGACAACGGCCAUGUCACGGGACCCUUUUUAUAGACCUCAUCACGGCAUUUGCCAACUAGAAUUCAGUUUCCUAUCACAGGAAACUCCUUAGAAUGGACGGGGGAUGAAAUCAUGUUUACAGGCUUUCUAUUUUGUCAUCCUACCAUCCAGAGGGUUUUUAUACCUCUCGAGUAAAUUUACAUAAUUAAAGGAGCCCUAAGGCAGUGGCUGAAUUCUGAAUCAUGGACUUGAGAGUGCUCCUGGAUCUUAAUAGGCAGGGCUCCUUUACCGGAGCCCUGAGCAGGCAGCCCCCAGCACCUCCAGCUCCCUGAUGUAUCUGUUUAUUUCAUGUGCACCUGAGUCACCUGGAGACCUUAUUAAAAUGCAGAUUCUGGCCCAGG